UUACAUUAAUCCUCUUAAACAAAAAAAAAAGAAGAAAAUAAAAGCUACUUUCUCAUCAAUAAUAUAAAACAAAAAAAAAACACCUUUUCUUUGAGUUAUUUCAAGUUUACCUCCAAAGUGAUUCACCACCACAAUAUGUUGAAGCACAAAAAUGAUGAAAUAAUUUUGAUGUUAACAUUUCUUUUACUUGUCUCAAACUUAUGUUGGUUAAUGAGUCCAAAAAGAGUGAAGGAAUGUAACACUACAAAUAGUGUCAUGAAAAAAGUACAAGUUUUCCUAUUAGCAGGACAAAGCAACAUGGCAGGACGUGGCGGAGUCAUUAAAAAGAUUGUUGGAGGAAAUGUUACUAAAGUUUGGAAUGGAUUUGUGCCUAAAGAAUGUAAACCAAAUCAUAAAAUUAUACGAUUAAACGUAGCUCAAAAAUGGGAAGAAGCACACGAGCCUCUAAAUUAUGGGAUCGAUUGUUUAUCGAGUUGUGGACUUGGUCCUGGAAUGGCAUUUGCUAAUGAAAUUCUUAAAAAAGACUCGAAUUUUGGUGUAAUUGGUUUGGUACCUUGUGCUAGAGGAGGAACUAGUUUGGAUAAAUGGAGAAUUGGGACUCAUCCUUAUGAUGAAUUGGUUAAAAGAGCAAAAAUUGCUGAAAAAAGUGGUGGAAUUAUUAGGGGGUUAUUAUGGUAUCAUGGUGAAAGUGAUGUAAAAGGAGGAAAUGAAUACAAAGAUUAUAAGAUCAAUUUGGAGAAAUUUAUUCAUGAUUUGCGUAGUGAUUUGAAUUCAUCUAAUCUUCCCAUUUUCCAGGUUAUCAUACCCUAUCCUAAAAAACCAUUUAAAGGGCCAUAUAUAGAAGAAGUAAGAGCAGCUCAAUUGGCAAUCAACAUCUCAAAUGUAAUAAAGAUUGAUGCUAAGGGACUCGAAAUAGGUUCAGAUGGCAUUCAUCUCACAACAUCAGCACAAGUUCAACUUGGUCAUAUGUUUGCACAUGCUUUUUUGAGCCUAAACAAUUUUACAUCGUCGAAUACUUAUAAUUUCUUAAAUUUUUUCCCUUCUAAUAUAUUCUCUUAGAACUUUUUCCCAAUCCUUUGUAUUAUUCUUUUACAAAAUGAACUUUGUUACCACAAUGUUAAACGUUUUGCUAUAUUCCAAGUUUUGAAUGGGAACGCCUCGUCCUAUUCCUUUUACUUGGCCAAAUAUCCAUUUGUGAAAUAUUCUUGAUAUGGAUAUCGAGUAUUACUAAUGCCCCCACACUAAAAGAGAGAAAUCUAUGUAAUUUUGAAUCUUAGCAGCAGUUUUCGAAAAGACUAAUAGCCCUUAUUCCUUGCAUCAACAGGCAAUUCCGCAUAGUAUCAAAAUAAAGGCAAAAUAUUAGCCCAAAAAACUCAAUGUAAACAAACAUUAUGAAAAAAUUAUUGAUUGAUGCAAACCUAAUAACAUGUCCAAAUACAAUUUUCAAUUCAAAGUUAAACUUCCAAUCCUUAAAACGCCUAACAAAUUGACCUUAACUACACAAUUUGUGUUGUAAAGGAUGACUAUGUGCCAAGUUGAUUCAUACGUGUCAAAUUUUCAUAACAUAUUAUUAAUUCAACCAACUGUACCUAGCCAUUACGCAUCUUUAACAUAUAAAACGUGUCCUUGCCUUGUACCAUUAUAUUUUUUGUUUAUCCAUUUGAUCUCAUCAAAUCAUAAACCUACCUAUAUUUAUACAACAUUCGUAAAAUUCAAAACACCUUAAGCUAUAACUCAUUGAAAAAAAAAAACAUGGCCACUUCAAAGGGUGCAGAAGAGACUUAUAAGGUGGAUACUACAAAUUACAAAAAAUCAGCUGGACAUGAAGAUGAAGAACCACAAAAAGAAGAUGUGAAAAUCACACAUGUUCCUCUAACCUAUCAGAAACGUGAAACUGGUGAUUCUUUGGCUGAGUCUGCUAAGGAAACUACUGCAGGUGCCGGUGGCAGAGCUACUGACGAGCACAACAAAAAAAAUUGAGAUAAAUCAUUUCCUCUGUUUUUUGUAUUUAUAGUGCAUGUAAUACAACUUGAAUAAGGUUAUUGUAAUGGUAAAA